AUGAGUUCAAAUCUUUAUUUACCAAGAUUAGUACCUCAAAGUUAUUGGCCUGGAGACUUUGAAUCUGAUUUCAGUUCCGAAGAUUUGAAAUAUCCUGUUUCUCGAUCUUCAUUUACGUCACUGCAGUAUCAGCAACAUCAACAACAACAACAACCCCAACAUCAACAACCUUCCAGCACGGGUUCUUCUCAACAUCAUAUGCCACAAUUCGUUAGUGAUUCUAUGCCGGUUUCUCGACCUGAUCAUAAAGGGUUCCUCUUUAGUAAUGAUGCUAAUGAACCUAAUUCUCAACCCAAUAUACCUCAUUCUUCCCAGCCGGCUCCGAAAGAUCCUCCUAAUAGUCAUGGUAGUAGUCAAAAUAACGUAUCUCAACCACGCAAUCUGCAUCAAACAGAUGGUAAUCUGAAUUCCAAUUCUGGAGAUAGUUUAUUUGGAUAUUCUCUUGGUGAUUCUCAUAGUCAGGUAAAGAUAGAGCGAUCCCCGUAUACUUUAUCUAAAAUACCUGAUCGAGAAUUUCCUGGAGAUUAUGAAGAUGAUAGUGAUCUGGAUCAAGUAUCUAAUAGAACACCUAUUAGAAGAGGCUCAUCAGUACUUCAAGUUCCUGCUACAGCAUCAUUAUCGAGUGGAUCUAAAGUACUUUCAACUCUAGUUGAUUCAUCACUCCUGCAAGAAGUGUAUACUUUAGCUGAAUUAAAUCAAUUCCCAAUGAAUAUUGAUAAGAAAGUUUAUAAUGUUAACGCAUAUAUAGUAGGAAUUUUACCUGAAGAUCUUUCUUAUGUUGUAUCUAAGACAUAUGAAUUCGAUCAUUCACUUGAAAAAUAUAUACCAGGAGAUCCAACUGCUCGAUCAUUGGAAUUCAUAUUGACAGAUGAAGUACCUCCAUCAUUAUCUUCUCAAAAUAAUUUAUGUUUAACUCAAGAUAAUUCACUUAAAAUAAUGAUACCUGCAAGGCAUAUAGUUGAAUUUUUCAAUUCUCAAAGUAUAGAAGAGAUUUAUAUGGCAUUACCAGAGUUUAACAAAUAUUUCUAUGAAAAUUUAGAAUUAAUUUCAAAAACUUUAUUUAAAUUCCAACUAUUUAAGACAAAAGUGGCUAUUAAACCUGAAGAAAGAGAAGUUGUAUGGACUGCUCGGAAUUUCUCAGUUCGAGAAUUAUUAUCUAAUUCAGGAUUACCUGAUAUGUAA